CCAUGAAAAAAGGAAAGGGACGUCGCCCCUGGAAUUAUUACAGCAGGAUUUGGAAAUGGUUCUCAGAUCGUACAGUCCGCUAACGCCUCGAUGGAAUCUGGGUACCACAGGGUGGGUAAUCUGGGGGCAGUAGUGGUUCUGAGAGCAAGGGGACGUCCAUGACUCCAGGCAACGUUCGGCCUGCGAGGGAAGGUGGCGGCAAGGUGCAUGGCAAUGGCAUUGCUCGGGAAGGUGGCGGCAAGGUGCAUGGCAAUGGCAUUGCUCGGCGGCUGAGCGAGAGCGCUCCGGCUUACAUGUCCUUGCUCCCAACCAAGACCCGUGGCGAAGGUAGCGGGAUCCCGGCGAGUGGUAAUUCCAAGCGAUUGGCAAUGGGUGUGGUGCAAGCACUAGGGGGGAAGAAUCUGUUCCACUUGCUGCUGGCGGUGGCGAUCGUGGUGGCGACCUACAACUCGCUGCUGUACAGCAGAUCAUAUCAACGGUCAGUACAGUUGGAGUUGCAGCUGGUGCAUACGGAAGUGGAGCUCGAGUCCAGGGAGCUGGCGGCGCAGAAAAUGGAGCAGCAAGUGAAACAACUGACGGUGAAGGAGCUAAGCUUGAAGCAAGAACUGAGGCAGAGGGAUCAGGACAUUGCGGCGCUGAAGAGGGAGAAAACGGAUCUAACAACCCAGAUCGAGGAACUGCACAAGGCCAUCAAGACUGCCUUGUCGCAGAUGGAAGCCGCUCAGGUCGAGCUGACACAGAAGAAGGCCCAAGUCAGGGAGAUGACUCAGACGGCGGAGAGGAAGUCUACCGACUCGGCUAUGGUAAACCAGAAGCUGGCUCUCGCCAGAGAGUCGUUAGGUGAUUGCACUCGCAAGCUCGAAGCCUGCAGUGGGAACCUAAAGAGCCGGGAGGAGGAGGUGAUGCGGCUGCAAGAGGAGUUGUCAUCGGAGAGAGACGCAGCGCUCCAGCACUCUCGUGCCGUCAAGGACGCACAUGACCGUAGAGAUGAUCUCGUCCUCAAAACUUUCAAGCUUCAGGGCCUCGCCGCACCACAAUGUCAUCAUGAUGGCCUUAAUUUCGGCGGCUGGUGCGGAGAGGCCGUCAAACAACGGAUAUCACCGAAACUUCGUCAGCGAGCGAACAGAACAGGAACUCUCGACAGAAUCUUUCGUGUGCUGCAGCCAACUGGGGGCUUCGUGACACGAGCGUGCCGGAAAAGGACAAGGCAGGACAAUCGCUUGCCGGAAAAGACAGGAGAAGAGCAUGCCGGAAAAGGAACAGGAGAAGAGCAUGCCGGAGAUGGGCAAGACAAGAGAAGAGCAUGGCAUUGCCGGGGACAAACAAGACAGGACAAGAGCAUGCCGGAGAUGAACAAGACAAGGGAAGAGCAUGCCGGAGACGGACAAGACAGGAGAAGAGCAUGGCGGAAAAGGACAAGACAGGAGAAGAGCAUGCCGGAAAAGGACAAGACACGACAAGAGCAUGCCAGAAAAGGACACAAGAUGGUUUAUCCACAACCGUGUAGUGAAGCGCAAGGCAACAUCACCAAGGCAACCAACACUGCAAGGAAUGACAAGGCGAACGGACCAGCAGCUGGGAACCGUGCAGCGAAGCACAAGGCAACAGCAACAAGGCAACCAACCUACAAGGCACGCAAGCAACAAACACGGAGGGCACGGCCAGCGGAUGGGCAGCAAGGCAGCGGAGCAGCGAAGCGCAAGGCAACACCAACAGCAUGGCCAUACCACACGGCGGACACAGCAACUUGCAGAGGACCACAUGCGAAGCAAGCGGGACAGGCAGCAAGGCAGGGGCGGAGCGCCGACAAGGCAGUCCACGCACCCAACACGGAGCAAAGCGACACAUGACCUACUCACAUCACGAUUGAACCCCACAG